AUGUCUACGGUAGACCCGGCUAAGCAAUCAGCCGUCGCUGCCUGCGCUACAUGCAAGAAACUCAAGAUGCGGUGUGCACGGACGCAGUCAGGAGGUACUGGCCCUUGUGAUCGAUGUCUUCAUAACGGCCGCUCUUGUUUCAUCCCACCUGCACAAAAACUUGGACGAAAGCGAGGUUCUGCUGGACGCUAUCAAGGGGUAAACAAGGCCCUACGGAACCUUCAGCUUGCGUUACAAAAGGCGGAGGAAACAACGCCCACUGAAAAUUCAAGAAUCAUCGGCAGUGUUUCAGGGAUAUUGAACGAUGAAACGGUCACAACCCAACUUCAUGCUGACUCUAAAAACACCUCAUCCCCUCAAACCUCACUCGUAGUUGAAAAUCCCUACAAUACAUCCCAUUGGACUGGUCAUACUCCAAUAAUAGUUGAGCAGCCGCUUUUGAAUAGCAAUGACACACAGAAUAAUCAGGACGAGGCAGGUGAUCGCCAUAUGCGGCGAAAUAGCACUACCAAUCCUCUCUGGCUUAUAGCCGAUGCCUCUCGGGAGGCUCUAGCAUCAAUGGUAUCACAUCGAGAAUCCAGUCGAAUUUAUGACACGCAGCCUUCACCAGGGAAUAUUCUGAACAGGAGUCGCUAUCUACUCAAUAUAUCAAGCUGUGUUCCUCUGGGUUUACAACUGGACCCUCAAGUUCUGGAAGAAGGAUUAGAUACGCUCUUUACCACUUCCGAUCAACGAAGAACCGCGCUAGAGUAUUUUAAAUUUCGAGAUAUCAACCAUUUCCCUGAUACAGGGCCUGAUUUUGACCCUAUUGAACAAGGGCUUGUGACAAUCCAGGAAGCUAGGAACCUCUUUUCUAUGUUUGUGUCUCCCAAAUAUCUGUUCACGACUUUGGAUAACCUUGUCCGCAGCUACUUUGAAAAAAUCGAUCCGAUAUGCUGUAUUCUCGAUUCAAAAUUGCAUACUUUUGAAUUUGUUCGGUCCCGUUCAGCUCUUCUGUUCACCUGGGUUUUAGCCAUCACUGUUCAAUUUGACUCAGAACAUUCUGCGCUUGCCAAACGACUGCGUGUGCAUGGAGAAAAGCUCUGCCAACACAUUUAUAUUCAGGGCUUCAAGUCGACAGAGAUUGUUCAGGGUUAUUAUAUCUACUUACACACAGCCACCCCGGCCCCAUCCUACGGAGAAGAGCAUUCAGGGCUUUAUGCAGCGUAUGCUUUUGGAUUAGCUUCCACUCUUUAUCUCGACGAACCUUGUAGGCGAAUGAGACGUGGGAUUGAUCCACCAAGUCUGAUAGAUUAUGACCUGUUAUCGCGCAAUCGCGAACGAACUUGGCUCAGAAUUCUAGCUUGGGAGAAAGCUAAUAGUGCCGUGUGCAACCGAACGGAUGUGUUUCCGGAAAAUGACAUUGUUCGCAAUAUUGAAACUUGGUGGCGACAUCCACUAGCCACGAGCACUGACAGAUAUACCUGCGCAUUGAUAGCACUUUGGCAGCGAGCUGCCACACUACGUUCUGAUCUCAGGCGCCAGACCGAUAUUGAUAAUCCUGAUCCGCAUUGGAUAGCACGGAAUGUGGAGGAUUCAUUGGCAUUCUGGCAUCAAUGUUGGAUGAUGCAAAAAGAGCCAGCCACACAGUUUGAAUUGAUUUCUGAUAUUCAACUGCGCUACAUUUAUAUGCAUGUCAGACUUUGGGCACUUUCCUUUCUUCUGAGCAAAAUAUCUGGAAAGGAAUUGAAAAUCAAAAGUAUCGUACAAAACUCCUUUAAAUUUGCAGUGGACUUCUGCGAGACGGUGGUUCAAGACCUCCAAAAUAUCGGCGAGCCGUUGUAUCUUAUGAUGACUCCAAUAUGGGCUAUGAUGUGCUAUGCAGCAAUACUGUCACUCAAUUUUUUCCCUAUUAUAUACGGUGAUAAGCCAGGCUCAGAUGCCCAACUAAUCGCACUAUUAUCCCGGGUGGCCUUACAGCUUGAACAAGCUGGAAGUACGCCUCCGCCACGAUAUGGGCUGGCAGCAUUACUAGGACAACAUUUAAAGAUGAUUUUACAAACCAAAUUGUCGGCUUUGUGUGCGGCGCCUAAGCAAGUAGCACAGACGAUAGAGGGUGAACAGUCCAGAAUAAGUCCGGAUGCUUGCGACCAGAUACCAUCACUGGGCCUUUCCCAUAAUUACGAUGACCUUGACUCAACGCUUCCCGCAACGUAUCUUACAGGCGAAGAUGACAUUUUCCAAGAAAACUUUGGCGACUUCUUGCAAGAGUUCUUUGGUCAAAGGUUUGGUCAGUAGACUAUUGAAUAUACUGGAUAAUCCACUGUAAACGGCGUGAUAGUAUUGAACUGAGCCAAAUCCAGUCAGAUAAAUUAAAGUGAAACCAGUACAAAUGUUACGGUAGAUAAAUGGAUCCCC